GGAAAUUAAAGAAAAAGUGUUGAACGCAAGGACGUUCACUCUGUGCCAAAAGAUCGAGACGCGUAAACCGGAGGUGGAAAAAUGAAGAAGGCGAUGAGAGAUAAUUUUCCUCUCCUGCUUUUUGUGGUGACGGCGCUGACGGAAACUGGUGGUAAAGCCUCUGUCUCCGAGGAUGUUCAGUCCAUCACGAUGGGAGGCUCUUCAAAGGACAAGGCCAGCUUGUACUCCACCACCCAGGACACAGAGAGAAGAGCACCAGCUGUCACCACCGCACCCCCUCUUCCAAUCAUAAACCACCACCCUCUGUACAGAAACCCACCCUACUACACACCAUCACUGGGGCUUAAUGGCCAACCAAGCUAUGAAGACAGUGGUGGAUCCACUCACCCCACUUCAGCCACUCUGCUUUCAGGGACUUCACUGGAUAAUGCUCAUAGAAUGCCUCCAGAUCAGAUGGAUGAAGAUUCGAGCAUCACACCAAACCCUGACACACAUUCAUUAUCGUCUCAUUUCAACACCGCUGUUCCCGCCUCGAAAAUGCUUCCGAGGGAUCCUGAUGGUGGUGCUAUUGGCCGCUUUAUUACAAAAGAGAAGGAUACAGAAAUGCCAGACUCAGCUGGGCUGAAGCUCAAUGUGAGGCCAGGCAGUGAGACGACGACCGCCGCCAUCAUCACUACCAUGCAGAGUCCAGUUCCCUGCCAGUUCAACCUGACUGGUCCAGAAGGAUACAUAGAGGCCCCCCCACAGUCCAGCGCCGCCUUCUUCUCCACUGUAGACUGCAGCUACACCAUCACGGCUUACAUGGGCUACGGAGUGGAAGUUCAGGUGAUGAAUGUGAAUCUAUCUGCGGGGGACAAGGUGGUGCUUGAAGAUAUGGGCUACGGAGAGAACACCAUGCUCGCUAACGAGUCCAUUCUGAUGAGGGGGUUGGUGGUGCGAAGCCACAGCAACCAGAUCUCCAUCCGUCUGCACAGCCCGAGGGCUCUGGCUGCGUCGGUGCUGCUCAGAUACCAGUUCUUCGUGCUGAGCUGCGUCUUCCCCCGACGGCCUCUUUACGGUGACGUAUUAGUGAGCAGUCUCCACGCUGGAGGAGAAGCGUUCUUCUCCUGCCUUACUGGAUACCAGCUGCAGGGACCCAGAGUGCUGACCUGCCGCAAUGCCAGCACCCCCUACUGGAGUGGCAAGGAACCACACUGUCUUGCCGCCUGCGGUGGUUUAAUCAGGAACAUCACAGUCGGACGGAUCGUUUCUCCUGGUUUUCCCAGCAACUACAGCAACAACCUGACCUGCCACUGGCUCCUGGAGGCUCCCGAGGGCCAAAGGCUUCACAUUCACUUUGAGAAGGUUGCACUGGCCGAGGACGAUGAUCGGCUGCUCAUCAAAAACGGCAACAGCAUCGACGCUGCUCCGAUCUAUGACUCGUACGAGGUGGAAUAUCUGCCAAACGAGGGUUUACUCAGCUCAUCCAGGCAUCUCUUCAUCGAACUGACUACAGAUGCUGCAGGAACAUCUACCGGUGUUGCCCUCAGGUACCAAGCCUUUGCAGCAGGCCACUGCUACGAGCCGUUUGUAAAGUACGGUAACCUGACCAGCAGUGACAACACGUGGGCAGUGGGGGCUGUGGUGGAGUUUGCCUGUGACCCUGGAUACACCCUGGAACAGGGAUCUGUCACCAUUGAAUGUAUGGAUCCUGACAAUCCGCAGUGGAACGAGACGGAGCCUGCAUGCAGAGCCGUGUGUAGUGGUGAGAUCACAGACUCAGCUGGAGUGGUCCUCUCCCCCAACUGGCCCGAAGCCUACGAUAAAGGCCAGGACUGCAUCUGGGGGAUACACGUGGAGGAGGACAAGAGGAUCAUGCUGGACAUCCAAGUAUUAAACAUCGGGAAGAACGACCUGCUGACCUUUUACGAUGGAGAUGACCUCACCGCCAAGGUGUUGGGUCAGUACGGAGGAUCCAAGUCUCACUUCAAGCUCUACACCUCAACCGCCGACAUCACCAUCCAGUUCCAGUCUGAUCCUGCGACCAAUGUCUACGGAUACGGAAACGGCUUUGUGGUGCAUUUCUUUGAGGUGCCUCGUAAUGACACCUGUCCUGAGCUUCCAGAAAUCUCCAACGGCUGGAAGAGCACAUCCCACCCUGAGCUGGUUCAGGGCACCGUGGUGACCUAUCAGUGUUACCCUGGAUAUCAGGUGGUCGGUGCUGAGCUGCUCAUGUGCCAGUGGGACCUCACCUGGAGCGGUGACCUACCGAGCUGUGAGCGAGUCAUGUCGUGUUCAGACCCUGGGAGGGUGGACCACAGCAGGCGUGUGCUGUCAGGGCCCCACUUCACCGUAGGGUCCACCAUCCAGUACAUCUGUAACAAGGGCUUCACACUGUCUGGGAACAGUCUGCUCACCUGCUUCAACCGAGGUUCCUCAGGACCAAAGUGGAACCAGAAGCUGCCCAGAUGUCUGCCUGAGACCUUCGAGCCCUGCGGUCACCCAGGGACCCCCACCUACGCCGUCCCCAGCUCCAACCAGCCCCACUUCCAGGCCGGAGACACUCUGCACUACUCCUGCCUGCCUGGCCACCAGUUGCUGGGGGAGCCAGUUCUUCACUGUGUCCCUGGACACCCUUCACAGUGGAGUGGGCUGCCACCUGUCUGCAAAGCCCACCCUGAAAGGUACACUGAGCCCAGAUUGGAUGUCUCUACUGCAGAUUUCAGACUGGAAGGAGCCAACGUGGCGUUCACCGUCUUCAUCCCCAUCGUCCUGCUCCUGUUCCUCACUGUUGGGAUGUACUUUUAUUUUUCCAGGUUUCAGAGGAAGUCCCUACACCUGUCUGUGUCCUCCAACCUGCCAUACAAAAAUAUCUCAGCAGAAUCUGCAACUGACAGCUCUGCCUAUGAAACAAUGAACAAUGAGGAAACGAGAGAGUACGAGGUUUCGAUCUGAAGAUACAAGUGAGUGUUUCACUACGGACAAAUAAAAAAGCCCACAGGCCUUUUCAAGUUCCAUCAGACUCGAACCUUCGGUGACUCAUUUGAUGCCUCCACUGUUCUCUGUUCACUGAAUAUAAGCCUCCCUUUAUUUACCCAACAGAGGACACAAUGCCCCCUCCCACCCCCCCACCCCACUCUGGAAAAGCUGGGCCACUGGAUUAUUUUUCUAGCUCUUCAACUGUAACCAUCAGCAGCAGCAGUUUGUACAGUUUUUAAACUCGAGCUUGCAACCUGAAGACUCUCAGUGCAAGAUACAAAAAAGAAAUUAAUGUGAAGCUUCAGCACCAUUAAGUGCAUAUAAUCAUAAAUGUUAAGUUGUGUUAUGUACAUUAUACACUAAAUGUUUAUAUGUUCAAGGGUUGUUUCUAAAGUGUAAAAUCCAUUACAGAAAAUGCCGUGUCUGCAGAAACAGAGAUCCAGGAAAAAAAGGAACAAUUCAUUUAAAUGCCAGAUAUAAAAUAACAAAUCAAACUCAGAUAAAUGUCUAAAAGGGAAAACUUUUGUUAAGAAAAGUGAGAUAAACUGGUUUAUUUCUUCAGUCCUAAAAUCCAUCUGGUGACCAGUUAUCCUUUUUUUUAACAAUGUAAAAUUUGGUCAGUGAGCUGCAGUGGAGACGUGACAUCAACAAACAUUUCUAGUUUACAGUUAUAUUUUUUCCUUUGUCUCUCUGUGACCACCUGUUCAUUAUAUUCCAUAAAUUCUAUCGACAAUGACUUUCUAGCAAUUGCACAAGUUUUGGGCUUUGUUAAGUUUUACUCCCAAAGAAAAUUACAAUUCUAAUUACCACGUUAACAUUUGUUAACAGACGGACAGAGAAGGGAAAAAAAAGAAUACAUUUUAAAAUUAAAAUACAGGAAGAGAGGCAAAAAAGUAAAAAGGACAGAAACAAAAAACAAUGAAGCAAGAAAUGGAGGCAGAGAGGAAGGUGAAAUGCAAAAAAAACAACAACAAAAACUAAGAACAGAGGUGAGGGAAGGAAGAAGAGAAGGAAGGAAAGUAAUCAGGAAAGCAAGAAGGAUGCGAAGAAGGAAGGUUGAGUGAAUAAAAGGAAAGAAAGGAGGUGAAAGGCAAAAUAAACAAAGGACAUGGGGGAAGGACGAAAGGAAAGGAGGAAACCAGUGAGGAAGGAUGAGAGAAACAAACGACUGAAAGGUGUAAGGAAACAAGAGAGGAAGGAACAAAAAAAGGGUUAGAAAGAAAGGGAGCAAGAAAGAAAGGAAGGAAGUGAGCAACUAAGGAAGGAAGAUAGGACAGAAAUCCCUCUUAAACAGGAUCCAGAAUUCUACACAAUUACGUCUUGGGUUCUUUGUCUUCCCCAAAGUUGUUAUUGGCAGGAUGGGGACGUUCAAGGUCAAAAUGAAUGCACUUUAGGACACUCCACUGUGGGACACUUUUCACCAAACACAGACACGAACAGACACUGGCAGCAGGUCAUCUGCUUUUUAUAAGAAUCUUUAUAUCAGGCUGAGAAAUGCAGUAACUGAACUGUUGGAUCAUGUCUUAUCUCGGUGGUACCGCCGUAGAGAGGGAACGUCCGUCCUUCCUGGACUUCAUUCAGUGUUUAUUUAUAAUUUUAAAAGAACAGAACUCUUUCCAUGUUCUCAUUUUACGAUGUAUUGUUCUAAACAUUUUUGAAUUUUUUUCCCCCCUCCAGGGUUUUUGUCUUGUGGAAUUGUCCCAUAUUUACAUAUUGACUGUGUCCAAGCCUUGAAUCAGAAAGACAGUUCACACCAGUUCACACCAGUUCACACCAAGGAAGCUGUUGUUUAAAUGACCGUCGCUUGUCUGGAAACCUGAAAUCUGUUGUUAAUCCAUGCAGUAUUUAUUGUUUUAAGAAAAACAGUAUGUAUCCAUGCAAGGUGGUGUUGAUAACAACAGUGAUGAUAUAAUUACUAUUUUUGACUCGAGGCACAUAUAGUACCGAUAAAGUGAACGUCACAAACCUCUCGAAUAAAAGAUACCCAAAAAGA